AUGGAUAAAACACAAACAUUUAUAAAAGAUUAUUUAUUUAGUAGGAAUUUUGAUGAUCCAAAUAAACCCUUUGAUGAUAAAAGAUUUAAUGAAAAACUUUUAAUUAUCCCCACAGAUGGUGGAUUAUUUAUUAAAUUAAGAAAGAAAAAAAAGCAAAAUAAAUUAAGUGUUGAAAAAAUUGAAAAUUCUAAAAUAUUCCAUAAGGAAAAUCAUGAAAAUUAUAAACAGAUUAAUAAGAAUUCUAAAAAAUCAUUAAAAGAAUAUAUUAAUACUUGUGAAAAAACCAAUUUACAAAUUAAAAAAAUUAUAAAAGAUGAAAAAAUUCAAGAUCGAUUAGAAUUAGAAACUUAUUUGAAAAAGACUCAUGUUGAAUUAUAUAAUAAUCUACCGAAUUAUGAGAAGAUUAAACCAAUGUAUGAAGAAUUAUGGGUAAAUUAUAUUAAAGAAAUUUUAAAUAUUCCGCAAGAAAUUCCAAAUAUUGAUAAGUUUCAAAUAUCGGGAGGAAAUAAUUCAUUAGUGAAAUUAUCUAUGGCUGACUUUAAUGGUUGUAAGAUUCAUGUUACUAAAAGUAAAAAUAAAAAUCUAAUUAAUAUGGAAGGGAUAAUAUUAUGGGAUGCACAAAAGAGUUUUAUAAUUAUUACCAAAGGUAAAAUGAUGGAUGAAAUUAAAUGUAUACCAAAGAAAGGUACGAUUUUCAAAUUUGAGAUUCCAAUCAAAGAAGACUAUUAUUUGCAAUAUACUAUACUAGGUGAUCGUUUUAAAUAUAGAAGUAGUGAUCGUGCUGGUAGGAAGUUUAAAAGUCGUAGAUGUGAUGAUAUGUUAUAUUAUGUUCAAAAUUGA